AUGACGUUAAAAGAUUUUGACGAUGAUGCGAUUGUCAUCUCUGGAAUAUCUGGAAAAUUUCCAAAGAGUGAUAAUAUCAACGAGUUAAUAGAAAAUCUAUUUAAUGGAAAAGAUUGCGUGUCAUCGGAUCAUACAAGAUGGAAAUUCAAUAAUGCCAGAGUUCCAGCGCGUAUUGGGACGAUGUCACAGAUAGGAAAAUUUGAUAACCUUUCUUUUGGAGUACAUGCAAAACAGGCACAUUUUAUUGACCCGGCAUCAAGAAUGGCAACCGAAAUAACGUUCGAAGCGAUAACUGACGCUGGAAUAAAUCCCGUCGAGUUACGAAGCAUGAAAACAAAUGUUUACGGAGCAACGAAUUUAGGCGAGACAGAUAAAGGUCUGUUCUACGCCAAAAUGGAGCAAACUGGACAUAAUCUUAUGGGCAGCUCCCGCGCUAUGAUAUCAAACCGAACUUCCUUUUGUUUGGAUUUUAUUGGCUCAAGCUGUACUAUAGAUUCGGAUUGUGCAUCUUCUGGAGUGGGUAUACAAAAAGCAUACGAAGACUUAAAGUGUAAAAUUUGUGAUUACGCGAUCAUUGUUAGUGGAAUUACAAUAUUGCAUCCACAAAUAUCAUACCACUUGUCAAACUUAGGAUUGUUGUCACCUGACGGAAUGAAUAGAUCUUUUGACGAGAAAGCUAGUGGAUUCUCAAGAAGCGAGUCGAUAGGAGCGAUUUUUCUUCAAAGAGCUAAAAACGCAAAGCGGAUUUACGCCGAGAUUGUUAAUAUCCUUACAAUGUACGGUGAUAAUAUUCCAAGAAACGCUUGUCUAUAUCCCACAGCAGAAUUCCAAGCUGAAAUAAUGAAACAAACUUUAACACGUUGCGGUUUGAAACCGACCGAUAUAAAUUAUAUCGAAGCCGAUGGAACAGCGGUCAAAUCAAUGGAUCGCGAAGAACUGAAAGCGAUAGAUUCAAUUUAUGGGGAAAAUCGCAAUCCAUUAAAUCCACUCUUAAUAGGAUCGAUCAAAUCAAACAUUGGUCAUACAAUGAACAUGAAUGUAGUAAAUUCUAUCAUAAAGGUACUAAUUGCCAUGGAGACGGGAGUUAUACCUCCGAAUCUUCAUUACGACGAACCUCCGAAAGAUGCGAAAUGCCUUCAAGAUGGACGA